GUAGUGGAGCACUGACGAGUGAAGAAAGCGCGGAAACAGUCAAGAGGACAGGAUGAUUGGCUGCCAACAACACAGUUAAGAUACACCCUACCAGUUAGUUAGCAACUAGCAAGCUAACCCCCCUCCCAAAUUGAUUGAGACAAUCCUAUGUCAAAAAUGGAGGAAUACAAAGAGAAUAUUCAAGACAGGGGUGGCAAUGUGAAAUUGUCCUCUAAACCGGAGGAAGAUGACAAGUCUUGCAGCAGAGUCAGAGUUUGUAGUAACAUCGGUGAACCCGUCCCUCAAGCAUCUCCUACUCACGAGGACUUCAGUGAUCCUGUUUACAAAGACAUUGCUCUUGCAAAUGGACAUAUCAACCGCAUGAACAAGGAUGAGCUUCGUGCCAAACUGGCAGAAUUGAAGCUUGACACAAGUGGUGUGAAGGAUGUGCUGAAGAAGCGGUUGAAGAACUACUACAAGAAACAGAAGCUGUCGCUGACGCAGUCUGUAACAGCGGGUGAAGCCACGGAUACCUACUACGACUACAUCUGCGUGGUGGACUUUGAAGCAACGUGUGAACAGGACAACCCCGCUGACUUCACUCAUGAAAUCAUUGAGUUCCCAGUGGUUCUGCUCAACACGCACACUUUAGAGAUUGAAGACACCUUUCAGGAAUAUGUCAGACCAGAAGUCAACACACAGCUGUCAGAGUUCUGUGUAAAGUUGACAGGAAUAACACAGAAAAUGGUGGAUGAAGCUGACACGUUCCCUGAUGUCCUUGAGCGGGUUGUGCUUUGGCUUCAGGAGAAAGAGCUUGGCACAAAAUACAAAUACACUCUUCUUACAGACGGAUCUUGGGACAUGAGCAAGUUCAUGAACACCCAGUGCCGUUUAAAUCGUCUCAGAUUUCCACAGUUUGCAAAGAAGUGGAUCAACAUCAAAAAAUUAUACGGGAACUUCUAUAAGGUCCCUCUCACCCAGACCAAGCUGAGUUGCAUGCUUGAGAAGCUGGGACUAAAAUACGAGGGCCGCCCUCACUCUGGCCUGGAUGACUCACGCAAUAUCGCCCACAUUGCAAUGCGCAUGCUGCAAGACGGCUGCCAACUGCGCAUCAACGAGCGCAUGCACGAAGGACAGCUGCGGGCUGUGCCCAGCUCUGCCCCUGUGGAAGGAGCCCCACCCCCACAUACCCCCCGCAGCAGAGACUAGACCUCGGCUCUGCAUCCCCUGGCUCUGAGUCCUGCAUUGAGGCCUCCAAGCAGGCAUCCCAUAUCUGUUUUACCCCCAUGGCUUUAAAAAAAAUCAUAGCACUUUUCCCACUCAAUCGAAGGGUCUUUUUUUUUUUUUUCUCCAAAUUGUGGGACUGUGUGGAUAGUCGUUUAAUUGGACUAGUAGUGCCACUUACCACAAUGUGAAUUUUGCUGCUGCCUUUUGACAUCCUCUGUAGAUUUCUACAGUAGGACUAAGACAUAUGCUAGGGAUUUUCUUUAAAGACUGAUUUUUAAAUGUGUCUUUCAUAUUGUCUGCGAACUCUCGAAGGCUGUGUUUAAACAGGCAACCCACUUUUGGUCUUUUGCCACUAAUUAACCGUUUGACCAAUCAGAUCUCUUGCCCAUAAUUGGGUAAAAGAUCAGUGGGCAAAAGAACACAUAUGGGCUGCUAGUGUAAAGCUGCCAAAUUUACUUGACUGUCUGUUAGAGGCCUUCCAUGAGUUUAUUUUUACAGAGCACACAAGGCUUUUAAAAUUGGUUCAAGACAAUUGAGGAUGUCGGCUUUAAGUUUGGUGUAAGCAAUGCAUAUACUUUUUGAUUUACAUUAUACAUUUUUGCACAAGCUCACAUGCGAACAAUGUCUGAACUAUUUAGCUAUUGUCUUACAUAUUUAUUAGUAAUAAAAGAAAUUGUUAUUAACUCCA